CAGUUGUCCAAUGAAUAUGCGCGGUGGAUUAAUUUCAGCAGUACUUCUCUGUCUGAAAGUGAGACAGAACCCAACAGAGCGACUGUAACCAUGGCGGAGGGGGAGGUUAACUACGCUUCAGUUGUAUUCAAAAAUAACAGUCAUCCUCCACCCCAAGCUAGAAAGGAGGAGGAAACUGUGUACGAUGAAGUGAAGGGGCAGAGUAACACAACUGAAGAAACUGCUGUCAAAAACACAGGAUCCUUGCUAGAAAGGAAAGCAAACAACAGACGUCUCCAGUAUCAGCGGCUGGCCUGUUGUUUGGGGAUCCUUUGUGUCAUUCUGCUGUUGGGCAUCAUAGCAGUCGUCGUCCUCUACCACCUUGCUACACUAAGUCAUCAGAGUGAUGAAAGUGGGCUGAUGGCUGCCAAUCGCAACCUGACAAACCUCAAGAACAAACUCAGCUUAGAUAAUGAAAAGUUGAGGACGGACAGCAACAAUCUGACAGUCCAGUUGGGCAACCUGACACAAAACUAUACUGUCUUAGAAAGCAAGAUCACAAACCUGACUACAGAGGUCCAGAACCUGAAUGCAGAUGUCCAGAACCUGAGAACACAAAACCUGCAGCUGGAGACACAGAGGAAGAACUUAACAGAACAAAUACAAAACAUGAAGACAAACUGGAAUGAGCUCAACGUCAGCCGAGCUCAGUGGAGCAUUGAUGCCUACUGCCCAAAAACAACUAGCGUGAGACAGUGUAAAGCUUGUCAGAAUGGCUGGGAACUCACCGGGUCUAACUGCUAUGUGUAUCAUGACGCUGUUCUUCCUGAUCAGAAAACCUGGGAAGAAGCUCGACAAGACUGCAGAGGAAAGGGUUCAGAUCUGGUUGUUGUACAUAAUGAAGAGGAAAAGAAUGCACUCAAUGAAUACAGCGUGGGUAGUUCAGGAAACUGUUGGAUACUGGUUUGGCCUGAGAGCUGAAGGUGGGAGAUGGAAGUGGAUUGAUGGAAGUAAUCUGACUGUAAGCUACUGGACACCACAACCUCCUCCUCCUGCUACUGAUGGUCAGUGUGUAAUGUCUGUCCAGACCAAUAAAUGGAUAUCAGUG